GUGCCCUCGGCCCUGUCUCUGGCAGAGGCAACAUGGCGGCUCCCGUAGGCCGUAGUUUAAAGAUUUGAAUUCCUGUACUUGGUGCAUCCAUGACUAUGGCGUCUCCGGCUUUGUGCGACUCGCGUGGGAGCCCAGACCAACUCUCUGGAGGCCCCUCUUUACAAGAAGAAGAUGAGGACUGUAAUGGUGAAGAUCGAGUCAGCGACUCGGGUUCAUACACCUCAGCGAGUAGUGAUUAUGAUGAUCUGGAACCUGAAUGGCUAGAUAGUGUACAGAAAAAUGGAGAGCUGUUUUAUUUGGAAUUGAGUGAGGAAGAAGAAAGCCGCCUUCCUGUAAUACCACCGACUGUGAACCAUGUCAGAUUCAGUGAAAAUGAAAUUAUCAUUGAAGAGGAUGAUUACAAAGAAAGAAAAAAAUAUGAACCCAAACUCAAGCGGUUUACCAAAAUUUUAAGAAGCAAAAGACUUUUACCUAAGCGCUACAAUAAAAAAAAUAGCAAUGAUAAUGGGCCAAUAUCCAUUCUAAAACAUCAGUGUAAUCAGAAAACAGGGGUCAUUGUCCACCAGCUGUACAAAGACGUAAGUGUGUAUGUAAACCCCAAAAAGCUAACUGUCACCAAACCCAAGCAGCAGCUCAAACUUCUGGAAGUGCUGGUUGGAAUUAUCCAUCAGACCAAGUGGAGCUGGAGAAGAACUGGAAAGCAGGGCGAUGGAGAGAGGCUUGUGGUCCAUGGCCUGUUGCCAGGAGGAUCUGCCAUGAAGAGCGGUCAGAUACUGAUUGGUGAUGUACUUGUUGCCGUAAAUGAUGUUGAUGUCACCUCUGAAAACAUAGAAAGAGUUUUGUCUUGCAUUCCUGGACCUAUGCAGGUGAAACUGACAUUUGAAAAUGCAUAUGCUGUGAAAAAGGAAACAACCCAACCAAGAAAGAAAAAGGCACAGUUGAACACAAAUGAUUUAGUCAAACUUCUAUGGGAAGAAGAGGCUGAAGGCACCCAGCAGAAUAUCCUUAAUGCUCCUCAUAUCAUCAUGUAUCUCACACUACAGCUCGACUCAGAAACAUCAAAGGAAGAGCAAGAAAUUCUUUAUCAUUAUCCAAUGUCUGAAGCAUCUCAGAAACUUAAAAGUGUGAGAGGGAUUUUUCUCACACUCAGUGACAUGCUGGAAAAUAUAACGGGGACACAAAUUACUAGCUCAUCCCUCUUUUUAAAUGGAAAACAAAUUCAUGUAGCUUAUUUGAAAGAAUCUGAGAAGUUGUUGCUAAUUGGCCUGCCUGCUGAAAAAGUUCCUCUUCCUCAACUAAGGAAUAUGAUACGAGAUAUUGCCCAAACCUUAAAAUUUAUGUAUGGUUCUUUAGAUAGUGCCUUUUGCCAGGUUGAGAAUGUUCCCCGUUUGGAUCAUUUUUUCAACUUGUUCUUUCAAAGAGCACUUCAGCCUGCUAAACUACAUUCCAGCGCCAGUCCCACUGUUCAACAGUAUGAUGCCGCCAGUGCAGUACUCUUAGACAAUCUCCCUGCAGUUCGGUGGCUCACACUUCCACAGGAAAUCAAGAUGGAAUUAGACACAGCAUUAAGUGACUUGGAGGCUGCAGAUUUUGCAGAACUGUCUGAAGAUUACUAUGACAUGAGACGGCUAUAUACAAUUUUGGGGUCUUCUCUAUUUUACAAGGGCUACUUGAUAUGCAGUCAUUUGCCUAAGGAUGACCUUAUUGAGAUUGCUCUUUACUGUCGCUACUACGGGCUGCUGCCUUUAGCAGCAAAACAGAGAAUUGGUCAGUUGAUAAUAUGGAGAGAAGUGUUUCCUCAUCAUCACCUCCAACCUUCCUCAUCCUCAAACACUGAAGUCUUUCAGGAACCUGAAGGGAGAUAUUUUUUGCUAAUUGUCGGAUUGAGACAUUAUAUGUUAUGUGUACUAUUAGAAGCUGGAGGCUGUGCAUCCAAAGCUAUUGGGAAUCCUGGCCCAGACUGUAUAUAUGUGGAUCAAGUCAGAACUACUCUUCACCAGCUAGAAGGGACAGAUUCCCGCAUAGAUGAGCGGCUAACAUCUUCUCCAAGUCCCUGUUUGUCCUGUGCUGACUGGUUCCUUGCCGGGCCACGUGAAAAAACAGAUGGUUUAGCCACUUCACCUAUCCUUAGUAGGCUACAAGGUACUUCCAAAGCUGCAACUUCUCCAACAUGCAGAAGAACCCUUUUUGGUGACUAUUCCUUAAAGACACGGAAGCCUAGUCCCUCCCGAAGUAGUGGAGGAUCUGACAAUGGUUGUGAAGCUAUAAAAGGUGUUGGCCUUAGCCCCCACCCUACACCGGAUGCAAUACGGAAGCAGAGAGAAUCUCAGGGCUCUGAUGGUUCAGAAGAAAGUGGAGCCUUGCUUAAGGGUACUAAAAAGAAGUCUACUCUUCCAAAUCCAUUUCAUUUGGGAAAUUCAAAAAAGGAUCUUUCAGAAAAAGAAUUAGAAAUAUAUAACACAAUGAAAUUGACAUCUGGUCCUGAGAACACACUUUUCCACUAUGUUGCCUUAGAAACAGUACAAGGAAUCUUCAUUACACCUACCCAUGAAGAGGUGGCACAGCUAGGUGGCUCUGUGCACUCUCAACUAAUAAAGAAUUUCCAUCAGUGUUGUCUUUCUAUUCGUGCGCUUUUCCAAAAGACAUUGGUAGAAGAGGAAAAGAAAGCACUAAAUGGCACAGAUCAUUUGGAGUCUACAAAUUCAGCGUCUUCUUUGAAUCCUGUGAAAGAACAUGGUGUGUUAUUUGAAUACUCACUUGAAAACUGGACUGAUCAGAAAAAAACACCACCAGUUAUGGCUUACUGGGUAGUAGGGAGACUCUUUCUUCAUCCAAAACCUCAGGAACUUUAUGUCUGUUUUCAUGACUCAGUCACAGAAAUUGCCAUUGAAAUGGCUUUUAAAUUAUUCUUUGGAUUAACGUUGUAGUUGUGUUUUUAUGAUAUAUAGCGACACAUGCAUGGAUCAUAGAAUAGUGUUAGAAUUGCUGAAAUUGAUAUACAGAGAAAAGGUUUAGUUUUUCACUAUUCAUUAUUGGAUAUUAUUUUGUUAAAUAUUAAGAUGAAGUGCUGUUGCAUUUGAUGCAUCAAAUCUUACUGUGAGAUGAUCAAAAUAUGAAGGGAUUAUUUAUUGCUAUCUUGGUACAUAAUGUUAAUUUAUUGUCUAAUUUGAAGUAAUGUGAAGUGUUUCAUAUAAAAUAUAUAGUGGACAUAUUUAUUAUGGGGACAUACCCAAUUUGUUGUUUAUUUUUCUCAAAACUAAUUGAUAUCUGUUGAAAGAAUCAUGAUUUUGGGAGGAGGUGACCAGGUUCUGUACUUAAUCAGUGUGGUGACAUGAGCAAGUAUUUGUUUUUUUCUGAGCUCAGAGUUUUCAGGUGCCAGUAACGUUAUUGCCUUGAGGUUUUGAAAAUCCUCUUAAGUAAAAUCUGCUGUUGUGUUGUGUUUUGUUUUUCUUGCCUAGUGGUCAGUACCUAAAUUUGUAAUGUCCAAGUACUGAUUUCCUAGCAGAUCAAAUUCAUUAAAGUAUUUCAAUAGAUACCUCAGCUGCAGGGGAGGAUGGGAAAGAUGAAAAGUAAACUUUUUAUUUAUUUGAUUCUGUUUGCUCUUUUAAGUAAGCUCCAUUUUUACUAGGAUGUAUUUUUUAAAUUGUUAACUUCCAUUGUUGUUUCUUUUUGUUGAAGUACAUUCAGGUAGACACAUGUAUUUUAGACGGUUCAUGAGUUUUGGGAAGGUUGUACAUGAAUCUUUUAAAAACACAAUUGUUCUUUGGUAAAAUACUAAGUUUUAUCUUAUAAAUACAGAUCAUUAUGUAUAGGGUUUUUCUAAAGGGGGAGUACUUUAAUGAAUAAUAGUUUAUUUCACCUUUAAUAGAAAAAAAUCUGUUGAAAAUUUUCUUUGGCUCUGAGAAUUUGGUAGAUAAGAGAAAGGAAGAAUAAAACAAAUACUGCAUUUUUAAUUGAUAGUCACCCAGUGGAUCCUCCUGCAGACUCAUAUUCCCUCAAAACUUUUCAAUACUGGGUUGUUUAUUCCUUCGAUUCUGGGUUGUUUGUUGAAAGAUAAAUUAUACCAGCCAAUCUAAAAUCAUUCUCCACAUUUCCCCCUCACAAGAGACCACUAGCUUGAACUAACUGCAAGACAUAGUAGAUGCAACACUUGAGUCGCUUGGUCUUAGAAGCAGUGUUAUCCCUCUGUCAUCAGUUUAAGAGAUUGUCACCCAGUUGUUUAAGAUGUAAACCACAGCACAUUUAUUUCAUUAGAGACUUGUGGGCCUUUAUUUUGGCAUCCAAGUCAGGAUAAGAAACUUUAGUUUUUGAACUAUUAUAGAUAUAUAUCUUGAAGUAUUUUUCCCUUAAGAUCACAAUAUUGAAUAAGUGGUAGACUACUGUCUUAUGUGUGCAUAUAUUUGUAUUAAGGUACUUUGUUUAAAUAUAUUUAUUAAAUGUCUUAAAAUUCUGGAUAUGGCCCCCAAAACACCAUGAACUACUUCUAAUACUAAUAAUUAUUAAACGUAACUGUUGAGCACCUCAGGUUUUCACUGACAGAAUUAAGACUUGGAAUCUUAAUAUAGGGAACUUUGUGCUUCAUUUAAUAGUUUGAUCUGCUGAUACUUUCCUGGCAUCAAAGAAUCAUGAGUCCUCUCCUUAGUGAAUAAAAUAAAAUGCAAAGUAGACUGAUGAUCUUAACAAAAGGAAGAUCAUUUGCUAUAUUGUAUAUAUGUACUGUAAUUUCCAUGUUCCAGAGGCAGUGCUUUUGGGAGAGGGUGAAGAACCUGGGGCCUUCUCAUUGAGCUACAUACCAGCCUUAAUUUUUUUUUUUCUUUUUUUAGACAGGGUCUAGUUAAGUUGCUAAGUUGCCCAGGCUGAGUUUGAAUUUGUGAUCCUUCUACCUCACCCUUUCAGAGUGCUGGGAUUACAGGCAUGUACCACCACAUCUAGCUGGCAUUGCAUUCUUUUUUUUUUUUUUUUGCAUUCAUAAAAAGUAAAACUAGGGCCAGGGAUUUAGCUCAGUGGUUACGCCGCCUGUCUUGCAAGCGCAAGGACCGGAGUUCAAUCCCCAGUACCAACAAAAAAAAAGUAAAACUAAACAUCUUGCUUUUCAUCUCUAAAUGAACACUGAAGAUAGCAUUAAGUAAAUUUAGCUGACCACUUUUCCAAAUAUGUUGAAAUUUACAUCUGAAAGUAUAUAAAUCUUAUUAUUGGAUAAUAAAGUAGCUAUUUAUUACUUUACAAAGUAUUUAGGGGAAUAGUAAUAGUGCAGAUACCCCAGGGACAUUACUUAGCAGAAAAUAAAAAUGCAUUUUAUUAGCAUCCUUUUAAUUUUCUCUCCCACCAAAGACUAUUUGAAAAAAUAUGUAUAACUAGCAUUUUUUAAUAUCAAGUACUAUCAAAUAUUUUUUAGCCUUAGAGAAUUACGUUAGACUGUAUAUUUUUCUCUCCUUCCUUCUCUUUUUCUCUUCCCCUUUCUUUGUUUAGGUUUUGUUUUUGUCAUGUCAGAGAACUCUAUAGCAAGGGAAUAUUUCUUACUUGUGCCAAGGGACUAUUGAUGAUGAUGUAUACUGACAUGAUAGUAAUUUUGUAGUACCUGCCUUUUUAUAUUUCUAAUUUAAAUGAAGAAAGCUGUAAGACCAAUUUACUAGAUUUGUCUUCUUUGAACAUUAUUUUUUGUUUGUUGUAUUCUAAUGACUGGUACAUAUUAUGUGCUAUAAAAGUGUUAGCUAUUACUCUUAUUUAUUAAUAUACAUUGGUUGAAAACCAAAGGAGUCAGCUAAACCAUAUCUGCUGCUGUAUACUGUGUUGGAAAGAAACUGAGAAAUAAUAUUCAUCACUAACCAGUUUUGAGAACAAAGAUUUGAAUAUUUUAAAACAUUAAGUGGUAUUAAACCUUUAAUCUGUAUGUACCUAACUGUAUGCAAUAAUUUAAUUUUGUAGAAUUUUAUUUCUAUAUUCUUUAUAAUUAAAGCUAUUUUUAUACUGUGUUGAUAGUUUUAAAUAAAACAGUUUGUAGGCUUGUC